AUGCUUUUUAGGAACAAGUUCUCAAUUUAAUUAAUCCUUGCACCUUAUAUAAGUUCCCUAGUUAUCNACUUUAGCAAAGAGCCUGAUCCAUACACAGCUAAAUUAGGUAAUACCUUAUUGCAUUUGGUUUUGGAAUGUGUAUGGGUUUGGGCUAAAUGGUUUCCUAUGGAUCCAGAUUGUUUGAAAGUUUCAUGCUACAGAAUUACAUUAGAAAAGCUAUGUAUUUUAGGAGUAAGAUUUAAUAAGAUUCUAUAUUUUAAUAAACUUCUAAUUAAAAGACACUUGCCAGAAUGUAUGGUACCAAUGAAAAUUAUACAAGAAUUACGUAGAGCAGUUAAAUUAGAUCUAUAAUAGUAUUUUUAAUAUUUUAUUUAGAACAUUUGGCAAUGGUAGUUCUAGUAUCAUUAUUCAAUAAAGAUUAAGUCAACUCUUACCUUAAGAAAUGGCUAGAGAUGAAAGCCAAGAAGUCUUUUAUUCCGAUAUGAUCAGAAGAUUGUAUAGAUAACAUCUAAAAAAUGAAAGAAAACAAGCACCAAAGAAAUCUGGAUAAGAUGAAUCAUUUAUUUAUGUACCAGAAGAAAAAGAAAAUAAUAUUCAAAAUUAAUAAAUGCUUCAACUCAAUGCUAUCAUCCAAAAAACUCAAUAAGAUUUUAUGACAACAAUAAUUGAAAAAUAGGAACUCCAAAAAUUAUUAAGAGAAUAAUAAGAAAAGUUAAAGAUUAUGUAAUAAAGGAUAGAAAUCUAAGAUGAACGUUUGAAAUAUUUUGAAGGUGAAAAACCAUACAGAUCAUAAUUUUUUUAGUCUCGCUUUGUGCAAUCUAAUAACCAAUCAGUUUAGCAAUCAUUUACUUAAUAACAUUAGUAUUCUUGA